AUGUCACACCGCGAACAGACGUUGCGUCUCCCCCCCCCCACGUCCGAGAACGUUACCAUCGCUCUAGCGACUUACCAAAGCAUGCAGGAGAAUGAAAGCUUCCUACAAUCAUGUCUCAAGGCAGCGGUACCCUCGUUGCGGAAGCGGCAGGAGCUGAUGAGAAAAGUGCGUCAAAAUGAGGAAUUCGACGCGGUCGUUGAACAUGCAGAACCCAAUUCCCCAUCUUUCGACUCAGAGGAUCUGAUAGACGGAGGCCAUUUACUGGCAGACCCAGAUGGCCAGAGUAGGUUUAUCGGCAGUGCAUCAGGUGCUGCUUUCCUGGACCAAAUUCGUCAUUUCGUCGUUUCUGUCUCACCGCUUCUCGCUGAAACCGAUGGAGGGUUUCAACGACCUCAAAUCGACGAUUCUUUUGGCAAAUUAUUGGGAAUAUAUCAAACGCACGAUUCUCGUACACUUCCCUUGCCACAAGUUGAUCCGUACUUUCUCCCGCCGUACGAAGACGCGGUGAGACUGCUUUCGCCCCUGUGCAGCUCUACACAGGCAAUGAAUGGUGUGCACAUAUACUUUUGGGGUCCCGUAUUGGAGCUACUACAACAAGCUUACUUAACGGAAACACAUCAAAGCGGGAUUCCAGACUUGGUUACACUUGCAACGCUCAACUCAGCGCUUGCUUUUGCCACUCAGCAAACCGCGGAUGCCACAUUCGAAUCUGCUAGGGCAUAUUUUGCCCGAGCCAUUUUCUUGCUCGGUAGACCGCUAGAAGCCACUACGAAGCGACAUAUCACAUGCCUGCUGUUGCUAGGCUGCUUCCUUUUGGGUGAACACCGAAGGGACGGGGCAUAUGCAUAUAUACGCAUGGCUGGGCAUCUUGCGGUUACUUACGGUUUCCAUCAAAGUCAAAUGACCGGCGAAGCACAAAAACGAUUGUUUUGGACAAUCUACGCACUGGAAAGGUAUUGA